AUGGUCGGAAGUACAGGGAUAGCUCAGGUGAACAUCCAUCGCGCCAAGGCGGCCUCGGCUGUGCUGGCAAGGAUGUUCACCAAACAACAUCUUGGGCUAGCCCUGGUACAGGAACCCUGGUAUAACCAGGGCUGUACGUUAAGAACGCCAAGAAUUUCUCACGCAGGACUGUGUACCGAUCGUGGUAGAAGCCAAGCCAUGUGGGAGCAGCCAAGAAGACUGUGGUGGCAUCGGUAUACUUUGCCGGUGACGAGGCGUGCCCACCGCCCGAAAUCACUGCACUGGCAGAAUACUGCAAGAGGACACACUCACCCAUCAUCAUCGGAUGUGAUGCAAAUGCACAUGGGGCAGCAGCGAAGUGAAUCAAAGAGAAGAGAGUUGCUAGCCGUAGAGAUCUCCGCUCUCUCGCUCUUGAGCAAAAAUUCGAGCGACACUAAAGCCACCUCUAGAGCCAGCCCUAAAAAAUAGUGGGAAAAAAUUUUUUGCGAUACGCAUCUUGUUAUUCUAGUGUCUUUGCUUUAACCAUAAAAAUCAGCACCAGCGCUUGUUAAGGAGGCCUCCAUCACAUGCAGCAACGGUGAGUCAUUUUUGCAUCUUUGACUUAUAAAAAUUGCACCCGUGUAAUUAUAUACAUAUUUAGGAGAAGCGGAGCGCGUCUUUUCUUUCACUUCAGCUGUGCAGCACAGCAAGUCGCCUGUUUGUUGUGCGUUCUAUCGUUCUCACCAGGAUAAUUUACUCAAGCGUCGCUCUCCCGAUGCUUUUCUUCUAUUGCUCAACUUAACUCAUUUAUUUCAUCAACCUUACUUUGACUCCACGAAACUCUACAAAAAACAACAGGUGUCAUGCUCAUUUGAAUUCACACACAUAUGAUGCUCACACAAUAACGGAACGCUUUCCGUGAAUUUAAUUAUUCGCUGCUUAUUCUUAAUAUAACGGAUUGAUAACAUAAUUUCGGUUACAUUCAAAAAUAAUACGUUAGACCUACUCAAUCUCCGACAUAUAUAUGUAUAUAAAGAGCAUAACACAUACACUGCGCGUCACCAGGUUAGAGCCCCUUAAGCCCCCAAAAAUCAUUUAGGGAAGAUAUUUAGAAAUCUGUUUGAGCGAGAGCUUUGGACAUUUUUUUCCCUUUAAAGUUUACUUGUUUUUAAUAAAAUUGGCUAUAGUUCUUUCGGUCUUUUCUGCAAUUUUAUGACAACACGGCCCACAUUUAUAGAAAGCUAACAGCAUUCCUCUACCCACCUUUUUCGUAAAAUUAAAGCAAACCUUUCAAUUUAACAACAUAAAAAAUGUUGUUGUCCUACCUUUCAAAUUAUGGAAGAUAUUCAAAACUGCAUUGGGUGGCGCUAAUUUGAUGAUGCAAUAUACGUGUUCAAUUUUUCGCCGAAAAUAAAACAAAUCAGAAUUAAAAGAUUUUAAUUCUUUUUUUUUAAGAUUUUAAUUCUUUUUAUCCUCAAAGGGGAUAUUAGUGAACAAAAACAAUAACAUUGAUAGAUUUUCGUGCAAUGGCAAAAUACAAAACAUAAGAAGAAACGAAGCGAUGCAUGGGGCGCUAAUCUGAUGAUGCGCGGUGUAUAUUGUAAUAUAUAUAGUGCUGAAGAGUAUAAAAGUAUGGUGAUUACAUGAAUAAGUAUAAUGCGGUUAGUUACUUGAGCAUAAUGAAUAAAAUCUCACGUUGUUCAGAUAUGAUAUGCAUAUAUGAAUUUAAUAAAUAAAUUCUGUCUUAAUUUUGUUGAAUUUCUAGGACUUCUUAGAGACUCUGAAUGAAUCAAAGACUGUGAUUGGCUAUACAAAAAUUGAAAACCUAAAUAUGUAUUGGAUUUGAGAUCACCGAAGAAUCUGAAAGAGAUACCUUAUACCUUAGCUCUGAGUUUACCAAACAAGGACGAUACUGAUGUUUGGAUUUUUUUGCCUUAAAAGUUAUGUAAACAAAAUCUGUACUUAUACACCUUUUAGGAAACUUAAUGAGAAUGGUAUUACCCAUAUGGUAUAUAAGGGGGAAGGAUGUAAAUAGAUAUAGUUCUGCACGAAUUGAAUUUUUAUCAGUAAAUAAAUAAGUAAAUGAAAUUUUCCAAUAUAAAUGUUUGAGUUUUCUAAAGCUAACAUCAGUCUUUAAAAAAAUCUUGGAGAGUAAAACUAUCAACCUAAAAUGGACCCGAAACAAAUUGAGCUAUUCUUGAUGCAGUUCCAAAAGAUGAUAUUUGAGGAGAACGUGACGACGCUUUAAUAUUUGAAUAUUACUCUGGAGUAUUUAGACGACAAAGAACUGAUCCACUCUCAGUAUGGAUUCCAGUAAAAGCUUUGUCCCUGGAGUGAUGAUGACGUUUCGGAAGGACCAGAUACGUGACAGUAUCAUAGGCUUCCGAUUCUAAGAGACAAGGCCUAUGAUAUCAUGUUAAAAUAUUAUGAGUUAAACGAAAGAUUUGUAUAGCACCGACUCAAUUAAUAAAGUAAAUUGAUUUUCUUAAAUAUCUUGCAUUUUAUUUUUUAUCAUUAGACUUAUAAAUUUUAAGUAUUAAUUUAUCAUUAUAUAAAACAUAAUUUCUCUUAAAUUUUUUUAAUAAAUUGUUUAGCGUUUUCUUUUUACAUUUAGAAUGACCAUACAUUAUGCAAUAAUGACCACUCGUAUUAGAAAAAUAUCCUUGUAGCUGUUGUUUAUUGUAGAAACGUUUAUUAGCGUUAGAUUUUAAAUAUGUCACGGAUUCCUUUUUUGGGGAAAUUUUUCAUAAGAAUCAAAGAAUGCUGUUUAUUUGCGACAUUCGAAUAGAAUGCAAUCCCAUGAGUUCCAGAUUGAUCUGAAGUGUCGGUGUCUGCAAUAAUUAAGGACGGAUACUUUGGAAUACCUUUUGGAAGCUGGUCUGAAAGGAAAACUCCUUUAAAAAUUGAUUUUGUCUUUAUAUUUGUUUUAAGCAAAUUGUGAAUUUGUAAAGUAUUCAUUUUAAAAUAGGGCUUGACUAUUUCUAUGCUUAUCAAUAUUAGUCAUUGAAUCGAAUUCACAAUAUACCAGACAAAACUGAUCGGCAGUUAAACCAAAGCCUUAUAUAAAACAGUUCGUAUCAAACAUUUCCAUGGUAGUUUGAAGACCCCGAUCAUAAUGUUUUAUUCCACUUGAUCUGCUAUUCAGAUAUUGAGCCUCAUGAGCUUUAAACUUCUUCACAGUUCGGGUAGUGGAAUUCCAGAGCCUGUGAAGGAACUUGAACUCCAUUUAGCAUUAGAUUAAAGCGUUUCAUUUUUAAAGCCCAAACAUAAAUGGAUCUAUUCCUCUGUUGGCUAAGUAUGAACGGUUUUUAUUCUUACAAAAAGCUAGAAACUAUUACCGGGUUAAUUGUAAACGACUUUACUUCUACUUUACUGAAUGGGUAAAGAGCUGUAAUGUCUUAUUCUGAGUAAGAACUUAACGUACUUCACGGAGCUAU